AAGGGUUUCCGGUUCCGGUGAGUCAGUGUCUGUGUCUCUCUGAGGGAGACCGAGCGAGCGGCUUUUGCCUGUGAAGAAGCUGCGGGAGACUGGGAGCCGGACGCGGGCCCAGCAUGGCGGACGGCGACGCGGAGCGGGCCGAUGGCCGCAUUGUGAAAAUGGAGGUGGACUACAGCGCCACCGUGGACCAGCGCUUGCCCGAGUGCGAGCAGAUGGCCCGGGUGAGGGACUGGGCCGAGGAGGGGCUGAGUCAUGGCGUGGCGGGCCGGCCUAGGCCGCGUCGCUCAGAGCCGGCGGCAGCUUGGCCCUGAGGGGAAGGUCGCCGCCGUCCGGCCAAGGGAGGACGGCGGCGCGGGUUGGAGGGCGCUCGGGAAAGGGGGUCGCCGGCGUUGGGCGAAGCCGCGGCGCCCCCGAGGAUGGCACGAUGGUUACGAAGGUCUGUAUCGUCACGGGCCCAUUUUCCUCCCCUGCUCAGGCGGCUGCGGCCACACGGGAGGCUCCUUUUGCGAAAGGGACAAGCAAAUUUGGGCGGCGAAGGGGGCGGCCGCAGAAUGUGGCUCUCCCGCAGCACAAUCCGAGAGACAUUUGCGGUUCAAAACCGGGAUGAAGCUGCUCCAUUUCGCGCGCCCCACCCCGUAUUUUGGACAAGGGAGACUUCCCAAUACAGUGGUACCUCGGGUUACAUACACUUCAGGUUACAUACUCCAUUAACCCAGAAAUAGUGCUUCAGGUUAAGAACUUUGCUUCAGGAUGAGAACAGAAAUCGUGCUUCAGCGGCGCGGCGGCAGCAGCAGGAGGCCCCAUUAGCUAAAGUGGUGCUUCAGGUUAAGAACAGUUUCAGGUUAAGAACAGACCUCCGGAACAAAUUAAGUAGUUAACCUGAGGUACCACGGUAUUCAGUUAAGGGGCUGUGCUGGUUGCGAUAGCUUUAUGUCACCAGGACAGCCUCUUGCGCCCCAAAUUAAAAUGUUGCACCCGAGUAGCUUGGAAGAAUGGAAAUAGGCAAAGAGACGGAGGGAGAGAGAUUGCGACUACAGUAUAGUUAAGUGAUGAUCGGAAUAAGGAUGCAGCCCCACCGACUGUCUGGAGUAGACAUGUAUUUGAUAGAUCGGGGCAGCAGGAGUAAUCAAAUCUUCUUUUGGAUUAUAGUGCUGUUCUUGGAACUUGAUUAACACAUAGCUCAAAAUGUGCAGUGUUGCAAAUAUUUUCUGCAUUUGAUAAAGCCGCUAGUGUACUGUGGAUUGCUUUAUCUCGCUUUCAGCCAUGGUCAAAGCUGCAUCGAGCAGUGCAUGUUACCAAUAUUAGGCCUAUGGCAGGCAUGGCCAAACUUGGCCCUCCAGCUGUUUUGGGACUACAAUUCCCAUCAUCCCUGACCACUGGUCCUGUUAACUAGGGGUGAUGGGAGUUGUAGUACGAAAACAGCUGGAGGGCCAAGUUUGGCCAUGCCUGGCCUAUGGUUAUCCUGAGAGACAUAACCAAUGCAAAGUUACUCUUUAGUGUCCUUCCUAAGAGUUGUGGCUACUUUUAAACCUCUGUUGCUCUUUUUAAACCAUAUUGCUUUGGCUAGUGGCUGAUGCAAAUAAAGAUGAUUCUGAACCAUUUGUUGAAGGUACAUAACUCCAUGGUGUGUGCUGCACUGUUUAGAAUGGUCCUUUAGUUUUGUUGCAAAUCUGCAUUGACUAUAGUUACAGGAGAUACCAAAGGAGGAGUGAAUGCACCUUUUAUUUCUGUAGGAGAGUUAUUGUAUUUUCUAUUCAUUUUCUAAUAAAUAGUACUGGGGCUCUUAUGACAAUAGUACAAGAAGCAAUAUAGUGGCUUUAAUUUCUAGAGUGAAAAUAGCUAAUUCAGAACUUAUUUUUCUGAUGAUGCUCCUAUCAUUUAUUCUCCAAAGUAUUGCCACUACUUCACUGGGAUUCUUUUUAUAUUUUGCUGGAAGCCGCCCAGAGUGGCUGGGGAAGCCCAGCCAGAUGGGCAGCGUAUAAACAAUAAAAUUAUUAUUGUUGUUAUUAUUCUCCACUGCUCUUUUUCUUGGUUGGGAUACUGUUAGUCUGCUGUCUUCUCCCAGCAAACAGGGCAAGUAGCAAUUGUAGCUGGACUUGUUCUUGGGCUGUGAUAAAUUUAUGGCUGCUGGUCCUCUGAGGUGGUUAAAGGACAGGUUACCCUUUUGCCACCCUAGUGGGAAUGAAGGAACUGAUUGUUGCUUCAGGAUUCAACUGAGUAACUGUAGAGCUUCAUUUGCUUACCAUAAUUUCUACUAAAUACAGGGAACAGGAUAGGCAGUGACAGGGCUCUCUUAUAGCAGCACCUUCCCCUUUAAGCAACAAGGCUUCCAAGUUAGAAAACUAGCUAAUUCCAGGCAAAUUGGGAGUAUGUUCACUGCUUUUCAAAAAGUCAGGGAUCCAAUUUGCAUCUGGCAAAAAGGGUUGCAGUUAUGUCCAUAAAUUUCCUCUUGUGUACAGUGGUACCUUGGGUUAAGAACUUAAUUCAUUCUGGAAGUCCAUUUUUAACCUGAAACUGUUCUUAACCUGAGGUUCGACUUUAGCUAAUGGGGCCGCCGCGCUGCCACCGUGCGAUUUCUGUUCUCAUCCUGAAGCAAAGUUCUUAACCCAAGGUACUAUUUCUGGGUUAGCGGAGUCUGUAACCUGAAGUGUCUGUAACCUGAGGUACCACGGUAUAUGAAUACCGUACAUCACAAAAUAGUUUUUGAUAACACUUACCUAGAUAAAUGAUGGCUGAAGACUUGGCUUCAGUAGCCUUUUAUAACUUCUAGAAGUCUCUUAAGAAAGAUUGGUCUAGUUAUGACUAACUGCAGUCCUAUUCUGAAGUCCUGUUGAAUUCAGUGGGGCUUACUCCUGGGUAAGUGUGGUUAGAAUUGUAGUCUAAUUCCAGUUGAAAUCAACAAAACAAUAUUUUGCAAUGUAUUUAAAUCCUCUAGUUUGUAGUGGGAAGUGACCACAAUUAACUGAUGGCCGUGACUCAUUUGGCCAUGAUGGGGCCCUGUUACCUUCAAAACCUGUACAAUAAGGACGACUUAAAAUAACUCAGCUUUUAUUCUUGUGUUUUAGGAUGGAAGGCUUCAAGAAGCAAUUGAGACUUUGCUUUCCUUGGAAAAACAGACUCGAACUGUAAGUAUAGCAUACUGAAUAACAUUGCUUUUUAAAAGGUCAUUUUAAAAGCCCCCUAUUAUGGAAUAUAUCAUCUAGCACAGGGGUCAGCAAACUUUUUCAGCAGGGGGCUGGUCCACUUCUCCCUCAGACCUUGUGGGGGGCUGGACUAUAUUUUUUUUGGGGGGGGUGAACAAAUUCCUAUGCCCCACAAAUAACCCAGAGAUGCAUUUUAAAUAAAAGGACACAUUCUACUCAUGUAAAAACACAUUGAUUCCCGAAUCCAGCCCCCGGGCCUUAGUUUGCCUACCCAUGAUCUAGCAUGAAUUUGUCACCCCUUAAUUACUUUUAGCCAUCCUAUUGUACUUGGCUCUCUCGCAAGGGUUAAAAUGGUGAGUCUUUUCCCAGACUUUCAAUGCAUGCAUAUGAAUGGUGGGGAUUUUUAUUCAUUCUAAUAACUAUGAUUGCAGAAACAAGAGGGUGCAAAAAAGUUUUUCUUUGUUACCACAGCCUACAGGACCAUGUGUUGUGCCUAGUGUUGCACCAGAGAGGUUGCACUGUCACAACAGAACUUUCAUACCCUUUUGUUCACAUGUACCCCCCAGAUCUGCUCCACAGCUGAUUUGGGGGGGGCUGGAGGGGACAGGAAAGGAAGUUCCUUUGUAUGCACUGAAGUCACUUGUGCCAGUGAAGCUGCUGCAUUAGAUAUGAGCCCCAUGUUCAAAUACUGCUAGUUGCUCUUCGGGAAGAAAGAAUAAGUGGGUGGGAAUAAAAAAAGGGAGAUGUUCCUUGUUCUUUUAGCACACUGGUACUAUUCCUCUUUGGUAGGUUUACUUGAUGUGAGUAGUAGAACAGUGAAUUGAUCCUUAGCUUUGCUUUAUGUAACCCAGAUUUCCCUCUUACUUGUGGGCCUCAACUUGUCUUACAAGGUUGAGGACAAAUUUCCAUUAAUAGCUAGUGACUUUUUUGGUAGCGCAACUCCAUUUGGAAGUGCCAGGAAUCUUUCUUUGUGUUUACACUGUAGAAACAUCUGUGCUUAAGUAUAUACUUUUGUUUUUUAGGCUUCUGAUAUGAUAUCCACAUCUCGCAUUCUGGUUGCUGUAGUGAAAAUGUGUUAUGAUGCUAAAGACUGGGAUGCUCUUAAUGAAAAUAUUAUUAUUCUGUCAAAGAGGAGAAGUCAGUUAAAGCAGGUAAGAUUGUGUUAAGCCAUAAGAAGUGUGGGGUGCUCAAAACCUUGUGUCCAUAUAUUAUCUCUUGAGUUUGGUUCACUGUUCUUUGUAGCCAACAACAGGAGGCACCUAGUCUUCCUGCAAAGUGUCUUUGCACCUACUGCCUCCUAAGGAGGGUUACAGGAGAAGAGUAGUGGGCAGAGGGUUUGUGCAGUUUGCAGCAGUUGCUCUCAUCCGUGACACUGGUGCUGCAUAUCACAAAGUUGCAGCCUGCUGUCAUUUUGAAAAAAGGAGUUGUGUCUCUGCUGCUGGUGGUUUUUUAAUAAUUCACCAUUCCUGUGGCAAGUACACUGGAGGCUUCCCCUGCUGUUCUUGAUAAUAUUAGUUGUCACUAAUAUCCUGGCAACUGUCAAUAGAACAUCUUAAUUGUGCUGUGGUUUAUAGAGUGAAGUUGGCAAUGAGCUUUCAAAAUAGCCUAAUAAUGCAUGCAUAUUCUGAAUAUAGACAAUAAAAGAGCUUUGGGCUUUUCAGAAAUGCUUUAUAAGGCAUAGGUUUGGAGUGAAUAUAUGUUAGGGCAGCAUCCAAUAAUGCCAGCCUGCUUGCUCAGUGGGAGUUUCUCUUCUUCCCCCUGUGGCCAAGGGCCCACACCAAAAAAUAUUGUAGUCCUGCAGGCCCUCCAACCCUGGUUGCUUUAUGAAGAUGUCCUAAAUUUGUAACGUACACAUUAUAUGUCACUCGAUGGUGAACGCUUGACUACUUUGUUCAUACAACAGUUGUGGCAAGAGCAUGCUAUGCUUCCUUUUGUUUAGUCCCCCUCCUUCAUUGGGAAGACUUGCUGCUUAUUUUUGUUACUUCUUGUAUCCAGAAGUAAAACCUCUAUUUUCUCAGCUAUAUAACUUCUUGAAAAAUGAAGGGUUUUUAAAAAAAUUAAAUUUGUUCUAAUGAAUGAUAGCUGUUCAUAUAGAUGUUAGUUUGCUUUGACCAUCUAUUUGCUGGACGGUGGAUUAAAAUAAAUGAUAGUGUACAAAAGACAUACAGUAUUUCCGUGGCUCAAAGUGUUCAAUACCAUCCAGGCAUGCUCACUUGGUUGGUUGGUUGGUUGGUUGGCUGGCAGGUAGAAUAUUUGAGCUUUUUUUCCUUUUUCUAUUUAAAUUUAUUUUAUAAACAUACAAAACAAAUGCAAAAAUUUCAGAAAUGACAAAGGGGGCUAUUCUCUUAAUUUUUCAACAAAAUCAGAAGAUAUGAGACAACAUUUGUUAGUAGAAACAUAAAGAGGCGCAUAUUUCUCACAUUGGUAGCACCAAAGAGUCCUGGAGGUUAGCUGUAUUGGUAUAAAUUAUAAAAGUCCCACCACACAUUAUAAAAAUGUUCUGGCCUAUUCUGUUUCUUUGCUUGCUACGGUGAUCGUCGACAGAUUGGAGACAUUUCAAGAGGGAGAGCGCAGCAAAGAGAGAGGAGGAAAAGGAAUUAUCUCACCUUGAGGCACAAAUUUUUAAUGAAAGAUGUUGAAGGUAGUUCUGGAUGUAAAGACCAGCAUGUAGGACUUUUACCUGCAGCCCUGGGUGGGAAUAGCCUGCAUGGGUUCAAUUUAAAAUUUUUAAAAUAUCCAUAAAGUAAAACAUCAUUGCUCUGUGAACAUUUAGACUUUGAAGUAGAGUGCCUAAGGGAGGUAAUGAAAUUUCCCCCAUCAAAGUUUUUGAAGACUAGAUUAGAUACGUGUUGUACUGUAUACACGGAAUACUCUACUUUUAAAAGUAUAUGUUUAAUGUUACGGGUAUAACAUGUUAUGGCAGUUCUACAUUACGAUUUAGCACUAUAUGCAAGACAGCAAUGAACCAUCAGCAUGGGAAAGUAGAUGGGGUAGUAUUGUAAAGCAUUGUUUAUCAUGAACCAUCUUAGAGAAAAGAUGCUACAUUAAUUGGGGGAGAUGAUGACGAAGGAAGGAUAAUCAUCUGAUACAUCAUGUGCAUGUGUGAUACAGACAACCAAGUUCCACUCUUCAAUCAGGUCCACAGUAGUAACACUAACUCUAGGAAGAAAUUGUGCUUUGGGUAUUGGAAAAAUACAAGAAACCAAAAUCCUAAUUUGGUGGAAACUUACUAUUUUUUCUAUUUUUAUAAAAUAAAAACGUUUUUGAAAAAUAAUUUGCCCCAAUGACAUUUGGCACCUUCAACGAAAGUCUGAUAUAGUGUGACACAAACAAAUGGAAAUAGUGGUCUAUUGGAAGGCCUUUGUUGCACAGGAGGGGAAGUUUGCAUCUUUUAUAAUUUACCAAAGCCACACACCGUGCUAGUAUAUAAUGUAAAGGCCUAUGUUAACUGUAUUGUGAGCUCAAGCUUUGGUCACUGAGAAAUAAACAAGUAGUUCUAGUGAAAGUCACUAUAGGAUAUAGGCAAGUUCUGUUGUUUUGCAUAAAAUGUAUUUUAGACUAAAUAUCCGUUUUAGCACCUUUAAAGCAAAGCUGCUAAAGUGAGAAAAUGGGAGGAAGCAUUUGAGCCGAAUCCUGCAUGAGAGCUGUCUGCUCAUUGUGGUUUAUAUCUAAGUAUAGGAGCAAAGUGUUAGUGGUAACUCCCUUUUCACGGCAAAUGUGGCUAACCAUUUUUAAUUGCAAAGUUUUUCCAUUUUGACAGGUAUGAAACAGCAUAAAAGAUAGUGUUCGGAUAAAUGGGCUAUGUUGGCAUAGGAUUACAAGUUUUCUCAUUAUUUGUAUUAGGCUGUUGCUAAAAUGGUCCAGCAGUGCUGUACUUACGUUGAAGAGAUCACAGAUCUGCCAAUCAAACUGCGUUUAAUUGAUACACUGCGUAUGGUUACGGAAGGAAAGGUAAGUAUUUUUCUUUUUAAAGAACCGUGCACUUAUUUCAAGACUCCCUUGUAUACACUCUUGAAUCUUAAAACAGCAGCUCCUGUUGAUUCUCCAGAACCGAUUGUUGGUGGGGACUGCAGAGGGAAGAGCAGAAGGAGAAAUCCUGUUACACAAGCAAAGGUCCACUUGUGUGAUGUUGGAUCUCACCCUAUGAGUUGUACCUUUCUAGGUCAUAUUUGGAGUGCCCACAGAAAUCAACGAAAAAGAUUAUCUAAGGUCUUCCCUGUUAGCCUUGAGCAGGCUUCCUCAACCUCGGCCCUCCAGAUGUUUUGAGACUACAAUUCCCAUCAUCCCUGACCACUGGUCCUGCUAGCUAGAGAUCAUGGGAGUUGUAGGCCAAAAACAUCUGGAGGGCCGAGGCUGAGGAAGCCUGGCCUUGGGCAUUAAUUUUUCCUAAUUGUGUUCUGACAAAUCCUGGGAUGCUGCUUUGCCACGAAUGAGCCCUACAUGGGGGAGCCAGGAGGGGGCUGGCCUGAUUAUUGAGUGAGAGUGCAGCCCUUAGUUUGGUAGCAGUAGUGCUGUGGCCUGUAAGAGCCCAUCACCAGGAGCCCUUUGCUGCACUGUGGUGGAAUGGAAGUUGGGACCCUUCUCUCCUGGCCCAUAAAGAAAGGCCCAUUCCUAUGGCUGCAAGCAGUGCCAUCGCCAGCUCCCCCCCCCCCCCAAUAGUUUGUGAUGAUGAGGCAAAUCAUGCAGUGUUUGUGUGGGCCAAACAUACUGCAUAAAGUUAAAUGCUUUCUGCUUCUUUUAUAGAUCUAUGUUGAAAUUGAAAGAGCUCGGCUGACCAAUACUCUUGCAACAAUAAAAGAGCAGAGUGGUGACGUGAAAGAAGCUGCUUCAAUUCUGCAAGAACUUCAGGUGAAGGAGCAUAUAUGCUCGAAUACAUGACAUUGUUUGAAGUACUGCAACUUUAACCCUUUUUAAAAUACACUUUUAAAAAAAUCUUGCUUCAAUUGUCACUGUAAUAGAAAUGGAAAAAAUGAGCAAACCAGGAGCUUUUGGUAACUAUCUUUGUAUUUUGAAUAUGUUUUACAGCAGUGCAUUUAUAUGUUAGGCUGGAUCCACACAAUGGGGCUUUCCUGACAUCUUCCAUUCCUCACUGCAUUCUAGUGGGGUGGGUGGGACUAUUUAGAAAGGUUUGGGAUGGAGCUUGAGUGUGUGUACACGAACGCUGCAGCAAGACUGAAAAAUGGGAAAAUUCAGUCGGGACUGUUUUGCACACUUUGUAGAAAUCUUUGCAAAGCUUAGGUGCUGUCACUGAAGAUUGCCAGCUUUCUAAUAAUAUUCUUAUAACCUCAUUUUCUGGGCUGAUGUGCUAAACUGAUUUCUGUCAAGAACCAGAACCAAUAAAGGUUCUCUAUAUGAAUUAUGCAGACUGUAUUUAAACAGAUAACGAAUCGUUAAUACAGUGGAACCUCGGUUUUCGAGCAUCUCAGAAGCCAAUCAUUUCGGAAGCCGAACACCGCAAACCCAGAAGCAAUUGCUUCUGUUUUCGAACGCACUUCGGAAAUUGAAUGGCUUCCGCUGCGUGCUUUUCCAUUUUUUCAAUGGAUUUUGCCGACCGCCCAUUGAUCCUCGGUUUUCAAACGUUUCAGAAGUUGAACAGUCUUCUGGAACGGAUUACGUUCGAAAACCGAGGUUCCACUGUACAUUUUGCCCCCCCAAUACUAAAUGUUGCAAUGUACUUGAACCAUUUGAACUUCUAGUACAAUUAUUACAAAUUUCUAGUUUACUGUCCUUAAAUGGAUAAAAAUUGGAAUUAGUUAUUGAAUUGCUUUUAUCACAGAAUGCUAUUAUUUGCUAUUCUUAAACAGUUUGAAAAAGCUUUCACCCUUCAGCUAUUGGCUGCAAUGGUGUCAGGUGACUUUAUUAUCCAGUUGUAUUUUAAAAGGUACAGUACAACUUGCGCUGCCCAUAAAAAGCAAGACUUGAGUGAGAGACUAGGGUGAUGUCUGCUGUUUCCAGGAAUUCUUCUCGUUCUGAGAGUUUAUUUGAACCCUGGGUGAGAACCCGGAGGGUAUGUCAGAAGGAAAAUGAAUUAUAUUAAUAGCAACUUUGCAUUAAUGUAACUUUUUUGUAAUAUUUUCAGUUGUCUUUUGCUUCAGUUUUCUGCACAUUGCUUAAUUUUUAAUAUAUUAAGCAGUAUAAAAAUUAAAUCACUUGAAUACUAUGGGGCAGGGGUGUAUUUUUCUUGUGAGCUGUUAGUAUAAUAGGCCUGGUAAAACAUCUUUAGAUUCCUAAAGGUUGAUGUCAAUUUGAUGUCAAGACUUGGAAAAAUGUCUGAUGAAAGCAAAUUAAUAGAAGUCUGGUUAUGGAAAUAUGUACAGCAAAUAGGGUGUGCAAAACAAGUUAUCUGCAGAUCAACAAUAAAUACAAAUCAGGGAGUGGAAUUCAGUGUUGUGGUAAGGUGAUCAUUCUGUCAGUGGAAGCAUUUCUCCCUUCUACCCGGCCAGAUGGGCUUGGAAGAAGAAGAAGACUUAUUAGUAUUACCCCACCGUACACUGUUCUGUGGGUUCUCCCAGCCCUCCCAUGGAGCUUGGUGGGGGAGAAAUUCUGUUGAACUGGCUUCUUCUCUAACACAACAGUUCAGUUGAAUCCAGCCCAAGAUUUUUAAAUUUCAAAGUUUUUCUAAGAACAGCAGUACCUGAAGUUUAAAAAUUUAAAGUAUAGUAACUGAAGCAUAAAUGCUGGCAUGUAAACUGUAUUUGUAUGUCUACAGAAGCCAUCUUUCUGUACACUUAUGAUUUAGUUGCAAGACAGCUUUGAUGGAUAAUUGUACCUUGCAAGCUUUAGUUUUGCAUAUCGGUCUAUAAAGUAUUAAUACAUUCUGAAUUUUAGGUGGAAACCUAUGGAUCAAUGGAGAAGAAGGAACGUGUGGAGUUCAUCUUGGAGCAGAUGAGGCUUUGUCUGGCUGUGAAAGACUAUAUCCGAACUCAAAUUAUUAGCAAAAAAAUUAACACCAAAUUUUUCCAGGAAGAAAACACAGAAGUAAGUCUGGUGGUGGACAACUUAUACUAAGCUGGUUUAGGGGGUGUUAUGGGCAUGUUUUAAAUGGAUUUCUCUGUCACAUUGGGGAAAUUUUACAACCAUUUCUGUGUUUAACCUGACACUGUGUUACAUUUCAGAAAUUAAAACUGAAAUACUACAAUUUAAUGAUUCAACUGGAUCAACAUGAAGGUUCCUACCUUUCCAUUUGUAAGCACUACAGAGCCAUUUACGAUACUCCUUGCAUCCAGGCUGAAGGUGAAAAGUGGCAGCAGGUAAAAAAAGACAGAAAGAGAAAGUAGCAAAUACACUGUAACCUGUUCAAUUGUCUGCAAAAAAUAUCACGUAAAGGAACAUUCUUUUUUUAUCAUUUGCUAUUGUUUUGGAGAGGGCUGCUGUUAUGCACUGUGCUCAAGAUUUCACUUUCUUGAAUUUCUUCAUGUGGCUUAGUUUUCUUUGUGAGAACCCCCCUCCCCCCAAAACAAAUCAAUUGGUCACAGCCAUAAUAUUAUUUUCUGUUGACUACGUUAUAGCUAAAGCUGUGCCAGUGGAGUAGAUUCCAUUCAGACUAUAUAGAAAACAUCUGAAGACUUACGUUCAGACAGUUCACAGGCUGAUAUUGCAACUUCAGAAGAAGCAGGCAAUUAAGCCAAUCCCAGCCUUAACCCAUGCAUCAUGAACCUAACACAAUAUCUGUUUUCCUUGCCUGCAUAAUUUAAUGAGAGGGCAGGAUCUCUCAGCAUUCCAUUAUCCACUGCAGUGUCUACUCAGUAAGCAUCUGAAAUGGGCCUGAUUGUCAUACAUUUGAGAUGUAGAAAGCUGCUAAGGAGGCAAGAACUCCUUGUAGUCUGCUCCCACUUUUGCACUAGUGUCAAGAAACCAGCAUCACCUGAAUUAUCUUCCUUGCUUUGGUAAUAUUUGAAAAAUCUCUGUCAUCCAAUUCAAGUGUGCAGAUCAAGCAAACAGUAUAGUCCUAUUUCAGAUUGUGGGUGGGGGCUGAAUUAAUGCCAGCUAACUUACAUUACAGCUUUCCAAAGGAAGGAAUUCGUUUAAAUGCAAGACUGCCUUUUUAUUGUUUGCAUGUUACUUUUCUUACAUGAAUCAUUACUUCCAUUUUUUAAAAAAAAAUUCUAGAAUGUCCCUAAAGAGCAAGGGAUGUAUAAUAAUUUUAAAAUGCUGGUUCUAAAUAAGAUUCCUGUUUGCAACACAAGAUUGGAUUUGAUGACCGAUGUAACAUCUUGCAGCUCCCUGCUUGUGUGAUCCCAUAAGGUGGAGUCAAUUUUAGUACCUUGGGUUGUAUCCAGUGGUUGCGAAGGCAGGUGUUAGCUCAUGCAGCCAAUCAUUCUCUUACUUUCUCUUUGCGUAGCCAUUGGCUAUAGCCCUCCGUAAAUUACAGAAAGUUAGAUUCAUAGGUUGUCUUCUGAUCAAGCUGGUGAUUUCAGCUUUGUGUGUUUGUUUGCUUUCUUGCAUUGCUGACUCUUGUUCAACUACAAAAUCAAGUUUCUUCCUAUCUUCUUUUAAACAGGCACUGAAGAGUGUUGUUCUCUAUGUUAUCCUGUCACCUUAUGACAAUGAACAGUCUGACCUGGUACACAGAAUAAGCACUGAUAAAAAACUAGAAGACAUUCCUAAGUACAAGUAUGUAGCUUUCCUGUUGGCAUGCUAAUAUACUGAGAAACUAUCCCCGUAGAAUUUGGUGUGACAUUUGAAAUGUUGUGAAAGCCAGCUAGUCAAGAUGUUUAUUUAAGGUAGGGUGGAGAACCUAUGACUACUAUUGCAACUCCCAUCAUCCCUGACCAUUGGCCAUUCUGGCUGAUCUGGAGGGCCACAGGUUGUUCCCCCCCAACUGACAAUUUGUAAAAUGGCUCAGGCGUUUGUACCCUGCUAUUACACAUACAAGUAGGGAUUUACAUUCACAAACUUUCACAUAUUAUUUAUAACAAACCAAAUCAGAACUGGCAUCCUUGAAGUACAUUCUGCAGUGAACAUGGACAUACAUUUCUGUAUACUGUGUAAAUGCAAUUCUCUGAAUUAUUUUUCUAAUAUAUUAAUAAUCAAAAAGAAACUGCUGUGUUAAAUACAUUGGUAAUGCUGGCAGAAAUCUUAAAGGCAAACCUACUAUGUUAAGGUGAAGCAGAACAACUUUGUCAAUCAACAAUUUACUGAGGCUUUUUUAUCUCUCCCCCCCCCCCCCCAACAGAGAUCUUUUAAAAUUAUUUACCACUAUGGAAUUGAUGCGUUGGACUACCCUGGUUGAGGAAUAUGGAAAAGAAUUAAGGGAAGGUUCUCUAGAAAGUCCUGCAACAGAUGUGUUUGGUUACACAGAGGAAGGUGAAAAGCGAUGGAAAGAUUUAAAAAACCGAGUUGUGGAGCAUGUAAGUUCAAUCUGCUUUCUAGCAACAAGUUAGGACUAGGAGGAAUACUAUUUCUGACAAUCAUCCUGUUUAUAAAAUGUUUUAUUAAAAAAAAAGUGUCGGGAGCUACUGCUCAAGUCAGGAUGUAGUUAACACAUUCUAGCAAAGUGUAAGACCCGUGUGUGUGUGUGUGUGUGUGUGUGUGUGUGUGGUGUAACAAUAUAAUAUCUCAAACAUUCUUUUGGAAGCCAAACGUCCGAUGGGGAUUCCGCAGCUUCCGAUUGGCUGCAGGAGCUUCCUGCAGCCAAUAUGAAGCCACGCUUGGUUUUUGAAAGCUUUGGAAGUCGAACCAAUUUCCGGAACGGAUUCCAUUCAACUUCCAAGGUACUACUGUAUACGUAUAUAAAAGAUUUUAGGAAACUGGGGAUUAAGGUAGGUUUAUGUUAUUUUAUAGUCCCUUCUGAUUAGCUGUGUGCAUGUGUAAUCUGAGAGUGUCUUACAUACUAGCUCAAAUACCAAAACUAUAUAAUUGCUUGGCUUGUGCUACAUCAGCCCUUGAUUUCAUUACAGCAUAUUAUUUUUUUGUAUUUCAACUGCUACUUUCUGAUCACCUUCUAUUCUUCUUUUCUUUUAGAAUAUUAGAAUAAUGGCAAAAUAUUACACCAGAAUCACCAUGAAGAGAAUGGCACAACUUCUGGAUUUAUCAAUUGAUGUAAGGGAUUCUCAGAAUUGCUGAGGGCUUUUGUAUCAUCCUCUUGUUUCCAAAACUGCCGCCUGCAGGUUUCAUUCAGGUGGUCCACGAUGUGCCUGUGAAGAGCGCUUAGAGUAAAUAUAGUAAAAUAGAAUAGAAGAAUGGGGGACGCGGGUGGCGCUGUGGGUUAAACCACAGAGCCUAGGACUUGCCGAUCAGAAGGUCGCGGUUCGAAUCCCCGUGACGGGGUGAGCUCCUGUUGUUCAGUCCCUGCUCCUGCCAACCUAGCAGUUCGAAAGCACGUCAAAAGUGCAAGUAGAUAAAUAGGUACCGCUCCGGCGGGAAGGUAAAGAGCGUUUCUGCGCACUGCUCUGGUUCGCCAGAGCACAUGACCCAGAAGCUGGCCACAUGACCCAGAAGCUGUACGCCGGCUCCCUCGGCCAAUAAAGCAACAUGAGCACCGUGACUGGACCUAAUGGUCAGGGGUCCCUUUUCCUUUACCUUUAGAAUAUAAGAAAUAUAAGGAGCAUUUUAAAAAUACGAUAAGAAAUCAUACCGCAUCUAGCACAGCACUUUGCAGUUGCUACGACAGGCAGAAAACUCUUGAAGUGGUCUGUCAAGACUCUCAACAAUUUUCAAGUGGUCUCGUGGGGGGGCGUAUUUGGGGACCACUUUUGUUCGAUUUUUUUAGUUGAACCUGCUCUUCAACAUCUGUUGCAAAAGACAUUAUAUGGAAUUACAUGAUCUCAAAUGCACUCUUAACCAGCUAACCUUUCUGCGACACUGUUAUCAAAUAUAACUUUGGCCUGUGUCACACAAGAUUUCCUUGACAUGCAAUAGUACUUUUCUUCUGUGCUACAUCUUGGUUUGAGAAUACUCAAUAUAGUUGCAUCGCUGGAGACACAAUUUUUAAAAAACUGUUUGAAAUAAGAACGAGAUAGCCAGACCAAUGAAGUUGAAAUGUAUUCAUUUCGGUGGAACAAAAUCAAAGUCUGGAUAUCUUUGUCAUGUUUCUAUUUGUUUGUUUGUUUUAUAUUUAUAUCCUCCCCUUUCUCUUGAAGAAUUCCCCUAAGAGACAAUAGAAUGUCACUCAAAGCAAUUUUAAAAAUUUUAUCACCUAAUUCAGUGCUGUUUGUUUGCUUUACAGGAAUCUGAAGAAUUUUUGUCCAACUUAGUGGUGAAUAAGACCAUCUUUGCAAAAGUAGAUAGGCUGGCAGGAAUUAUCAACUUUCAGAGACCCAAGGACCCAAAUAACUUGCUCAAUGACUGGUCUCACAAGCUCAAUUCACUGAUGGCUCUAGUUAAUAAAACUACACAUCUCAUUGCCAAAGAGGAGAUGAUACAUAACUUGCAGUAAGGUGCUUCAGUGGCCUUAAUGCUUUAGGGAGGCAUUGAAUUGGUUAUAGAAAAAGACUUUAUCCCACUGCAUAUUUGUUUUUUUCAUCUCUUCCCUCCAGGUGAAAUUUAGAACAUAAUCUCUCUUGAAGAAUUGUUGAGAAUUAAGUUCCUUUGAUUAUUCAUUUGGUUUAUAACACUUUUUUUGCUGCAAUUGAUGGAAAAACACAAUAAAAUUGUAUUGCCUGUGUAAUGGAAAUGGCCUUUGAUUUAUCCCAGUUUGCCCUCAUUUGUCCAGCAAAUAUUUUUGCAUUGUCUAUCUCUUAUGAUCUUCUUACCCUUCCAGGUGUAUAAGUAUGUUGUAAUAUUUUCUUUUAUAAAGAAAUGUAACAAGAUUAUACUUCAGUGUUAACCUUAAGUACCAUUGUGUCUAGAAAUGUCAGGUAUGGAACUGAAUUCCCAUUUUUAUUCCGGUGUUGUGGAAUGGUAGUUUUAUAGCAGAAUGUGACCUAACAAAGGCAGCAUGGAGCAAGUUGUACCUUAUUUUCAAUUUCCUAUGGAUAAAUGUCUUUUGUUUGACUUGUAUCUUUGCUACAUUAACACUUGAGUAAUUUUACCACAUAAUUGCAGGUGGCUCAUCUUGUCUUGAUAACUGUCUAGAUCAGGGGUCAGCAGACCUUGUGGGGGACCGGACUAUAUUUUGAAAAAUAAUGAACAAAUUCCUAUGCCCCACAAAUAACCUAGAGAUGCAUUUUAAAUAAAAAGGCACAUUCUACUCAUGUAAAAACACACUGAUUCCCGGACCGUCCGCGGGCCAGAUUUAGAAGGCGAUUGGGCUGGAUCCGCCCCCCGGGCCUUAGUUUGCCUACCCAUGAUCUAGAUUGUUUUAAGACUUUAAAAUGAAAGCACAAUGUGAAUUAGUGAAGCCGGUGUUUUAAUCUUCUGUUCUAGACUUCCACCUGAAGAAAAACCAUAUAGCUUAGGCUAUGGUCCCUAAAGUAGUGUCUGAUACAACAUGUUCAACAAAUAUGUCUGUUAUAAGGAUAUGUCAUUUUUAAUUAAACUAGAUGAGCCACGUUUGGAUGUAAAAUGAAUUCUUUUCCCGUUAAAGUUUUUGAAAGUUCUUAGAACGGUGCUGUAAGUGCCUCAGAAACUCUUGGUCCCAUGAUGGGUUACAACAGUAUAACAACGCAGCGUUAAAAAUAUUCCACCAGCAUGAAUUUUUGCUUGGCUGUAGUCCAUUCCACUUAGUUAAUAGAAGGCCCUCCAACUUUCUGAAGCUGAUUGCUGUUAGGCAUAAUAUUAGGCAUCUUAGGCAUAGUAUAGGUUGUAUCAAAUUCAGCCUGUGAGCAGAGCAAUGUAGAAUGGGGCUGCACCUUCCUUUCCUCCCUCCAGCUCUCUACCCUUAAUAUAAAC